AAAGAAAGCUAUUACAAGAAAUUACAGUGUGAGUGAAAGAGUUAUUUCAGAGCAAAAUAUAAUUUAAUUUACCAGCAACAAAUCAAACACUUGUUUUGUGAUAUUUUUCAUCUGCAAGAAUGAACCGCUUGUGGACUCUGUUUACCUUCCUCCAUUCUAUGGCUGGGCCGGGAGUCAUGCUUCUCUAUCCACUGUAUGCAUCGGUAGUGGCCAUAGAGAGCACAUCGAAAUUAGACGACGAGCAGUGGUUGGCUUAUUGGAUUUUGUAUUCCUUUCUUACCCUUGCUGAGAUGGUUCUUCUACCAGCCCUCGAAUGGAUACCCAUAUGGUACGAUAUGAAGCUAGCGUUCGUGGCGUGGUUGGUUCUCCCGCAGUUCAGAGGUGCUGCUUUUAUUUACGAAAAGUUCGUUAGAGAGAAGCUCAUCAAGAAAUAUGGUCCUUCACAUUUACAAAGGUCUUCUAACGCUAAGGGCAAGAACAAAUUUGUCGAUUCUGUCACUAACAAUAAGGGAGAGCAAGAAGCUUACUAGAGAAGAUGGCAUCAAAGGGGACACUUUGACUGAAUUUGCUCUGCACUUUACUUUUUAACUUUUUUUUUCUUUGCCUCUCUUUUUUCUUUUCCAAAACAUGAUGUAUGGAUCUUUGUAGUGAUGGAAGACACUCCCUUCUACCUUCCUUUUUUUCUUUUUUUCUUUUUUUGUGUUGCACAAAGUAACUGAUUGUGUAUGAGGUAUGUAUUUGGUUUGACAACAGAACUUUGAUUUCGUUACUUAGUAGUUGUUAUGAUGUUGGCCUUUUAAAAGAGGUAAUUAGAUGUUAUACCUGG